GACACCGCCACGGCUCACGCUCGCAACAACACAAAACCCUAGACUUGCACAGAUCGAGACGAGAGAGGCUAGCAGCAACAUUCUUCGACAAUGGCUAGCCUUGCAAUCUUCGCCGCUGUAGCCUUCGUUCUCCUCGCCGCCUCGGUGUCGUCGUCGUCGGCGGCUUUGUACACCGUCGGCGAUGCGAGGGGGUGGGCAGUGCCGCCCACAGGCUCAGAGUCGUACAACCAUUGGGGUCUAAAGAAUCGCUUCCGCGUAGGCGACGUCGUGGAGUUCAAGUACGUGAACGAAUCGGUGGUGGUGGUGAACCACGAGGGCUACAGGAACUGCAGCUCGCUGAGCCCGGUGAUCCGGUUCACGGACGGCGACACCAAGUACCUGCUCGACCGCCCGGGGCUCGUCUUCUUCAUCAGCGGCGUGCAGGAGCGCUGCGAGCGCGGCCUGCGGAUGAGGCUGCGCGUCAGGCCCGCCGCUCCGGGGCCGGCGCAGGCGCCGGCGCCGGGGCCAACGAGGGCGGCGCUGACGCUGCGUCGUCCACCCAUCGGCGCUCCCAGGCCGGCCGCCGUCACCGCCGCGUUCACCCCGACAUCGCCGUCCGCUUCGCGCCCGAGCGCCAGAACCAGCCCGAGUCCCAGCCCUGGGCCGGCACAGGCGCCGAGCGGUGCAUCUGGCCGCGCGCUCACGGGCUUCUCCAUGGCAGCAGCGCUUCUCGUCGUGUGUGUCGUCUCCGUGUUCAUCUUGGUUUGAGGUUAUUUGGAGAGGUUUAAUUAGCUCUCUGUCGGUCGGUAGUAUCGUCGGUUUUGAUAGGAAUUAAUGCUAUAAUUCUGAGAUCCAAGAAGAAGAAGAAGAAGAACGUGUCAUGUCAUCUCGCGGUAGAUGACAGGAUCGAGUCCAUUUUUGUUAAUUAGGGUGUUCCAAUGUUUUGUCUAGGGUACUUAAUUAAACCCUUAUGGCCUUAUGUACGUAAACCCAUUCCCUCAAUAAAAUCCCACCAGUUUUAUUGUGAA